GCCCUCUUCGGCCGCUCUCUGGCCGGGUCUCCCUUGGCGUCUGACUGUACGCUCAGUACUGCACCAUGGGGAAGCGGGACAAUCGGGUGGCCUACAUGAACCCAAUAGCAAUGGCCAGAUCAAGGGGUCCAAUCCAGUCUUCGGGGCCAACGAUCCAAGAUUAUCUGAAUCGACCAAGGCCUACCUGGGAAGAAGUGAAAGAACAACUAGAAAAGAAAAAGAAAGGCUCCAAGGCAUUGGCUGAAUUUGAAGAAAAAAUGAAUGAGAACUGGAAGAAAGAACUAGAAAAACACAGGGAGAAACUAUUAAGUGGAAGCGAGAGUUCAUCCAAAAAAAGACAGAGAAAGAAAAAAGAAAAGAAGAAAUCUGGUAGGUAUUCAUCUUCUUCUUCAUCAAGCUCUGAUUCUUCCAGCAGUUCUUCAGAUUCUGAAGAUGAGGAUAAAAAACAAGGAAAAAGGAAAAAGAAG